AUGUCUCAGCAGAUGACCCCUCCUCAGCAGCAGCCCCCGCAGCAGCAGCAGCAGCUCCAGCAGCAGCCGCCGCAGCAGGUGUACAACCCCGAGCCGGAGGCACUGCGUAACCUGAUGGUGAACUACAUCCCCACCACUGUCGAUGAGGUGCAGCUCCGCCAGCUGUUCGAGCGAUUUGGCCCGAUCGAGGGCGUCAAGAUCGUGUGCGACCGCGAGACGCGCCAGAGCCGCGGCUACGGCUUCGUGAAGUACCACUCCGCGGCGUCCGCGCAGCAGGCUGUGAACGAGCUGAACGGGUUCAACAUCCUGAACAAGCGCCUGAAGGUGGCGCUUGCGGCGUCGGGCAACCAGCGCCAGCGCAACUACAACCCGCAGCAGAACGCGAACCCUGCUGCGAACAUGGGGUACUACGGUGGCAACUUCGCUGCCGGCUACCCGCAGGCGAACCCGUACGCGCAGCAUCAGAUGAUGGCGAUGCAGCAGCAGUACAUGAUGCAGCAGCCGGGACAGCAGCCUCGCCAGUAA